AUGGUCCAAGCGUAUAAUAGGUGGAGGCACAUAUUAAAUCUAAUUGUGAAAGAAGGUUUGAAAGACAUUGAUAAUUCUUUUUAUAGAGUUCGUCAUGUUGUUUGGUAUGCUAGAUCUUCUCCGGUGAGGCUUGCUAAAUUCAAGGCAUAUAUUGAUGAGGAGAGCAUGGACUGUAAAGGUUUAGUUUCUCUAGAUGUUGAGACUCGUAGGAAUUCAACUUAUUUGAGGUUAGUAUCCGCAUCAAAACAUGAAAGAACCUUUGAAGAAUUAGGUUUUCCAGAUAAAAGGUAUGUGAAUGAGUUGACAAAGAAGGGAAAAGGUGUCCCGACAAAAGAUGAUUGGAAGCAUAUCAACUUAAUCAUUGCAUUCUUGAAGUUGUUUUAUGAUGCUACAAUACACAUAUCAGGAUCAUCUUAUUUGACAAGCAAUAUUUAUAUGUUUGAGGUCCUGGGUAUUGGAAAGAGCAUUGCGGAUAUGUGUGCGUCAGAAGAUGAACAUCUACGUCCAGCAGCUCAAAAGAUGAAGAAAAAGUAUGAUAAGUAUUGGGGAUCUCAUGAGAAGCUUAAUAUGAUUUUGUUGAUUGCUCUAGUUUUCGACCCUAGGCGCAAGAUUAAAUUGGUUGAUUGGAUGGUAAGGCGGUACUACAAUAAGGAUGAUGUCGAUGCCUUGAAAGCAAACUUAGAUUUCUAG